UUUGUUCACUUUAACUUUUGUUUUAUUUCAUUCCCAGUUUUUUUUUUCCAUUGAAAAUAGCCAAUUUUUCAUGUGUUAUGUUUAAUUUCAAAAAAAAGUUUUCAAUUUUGAGUAAUACCCAAUUUCAAAGCCUUGGUCUUGUUUCAUGUUUUGGUGUUUAAUCAUUUAAAACCUGGUCUCUUCUAGUUAUAGUUUUUGGCAAGGCCUUAGUCUCUAAUUUUGGGUACUAAUGGCCUUGAGUAAAGGACUAAUUUUUGGGGUUUAAAGGGUUAGUGAUAAAUUUUGUUGUCAUUGAAAUUUUUUGUUCAUCUGGUUUUUAAGGUUUUUUAGGAGUUUUGGGUUGUUUUUUGUAAGGUUUGAGUGAGCAUGGAGGAGGUUGAACAAGCUAACAAGGCAGCUAUCGAGAGCUGUCAUAAAGUUCUUAGUCUCUUGUCUGUACCAAAGGAUCAAGUUCAGUAUAGCAACUUAAUGAUGGAAACUGAUGAAGCUGUGUUUAAGUUCAAAAAAGUUGUGUCUCUUCUCAGCAAUGACUUGAGUCAUGUAAGAGUAAGAAAGUUGAAGAAGUUUAUAUCAACUUUGCCUCAAAAAAUCUUCCUAGAAAGUCCCAAUUGCAGAACGAUUUUAUCACCAAAACCCCUUCAAGUAUACCCUUCAAAUCUGUUUGACAAACCACCCCUUGAAGUUGAUGCUAGAGCUAAACAUCAAUUGCAGCUGACACAAAAGGUGUUCUUUGAUCAGAACCCUUCAUUUGAAAUGAAUUCAUCAGUUAACCCUUCCCUUCACAUUGCCCAACUAAAGCCAUCACAAGACUUCCACUUUGUUCAUCAUCAGCAACAGAUGCAAAGGCUGCAAUUUCAGCAACAACAAAUGAAAUAUCAUGCUGACAUAGUGUUUUCCAAGAGCAAUAGAGGUAUAAACCUUAAAUUUGAUGGAUCUAGUUGUACACCAACCAUGUCAUCAACCAGAUCAUUUGUCUCAUCUUUGAGCAUGGAUGGUAAUGUUGCUAACUUGGAUGGGAAUUCCUUCCAUUUAAUUAGCAUGCCAAACCAUUUUGAUCAAAUCUCACAACAAUCAAGAAGAAGGUGUUCAGGUAGGGGAGAAGAUGGCAGUAUGAAAUGUGGUACCACUGGUAAAUGCCAUUGUUCAAAAAGGAGGAAACUGAGGAUUAAGAGGUCUAUUAAAGUGCCUGCUAUCAGUAACAAAGUUGCAGAUAUUCCUCCUGAUGAAUAUUCAUGGAGGAAAUAUGGGCAAAAGCCAAUUAAGGGUUCUCCACACCCUAGGGGAUACUAUAAGUGUAGCAGUAUGAGAGGUUGCCCAGCGAGGAAGCAUGUCGAGAGAUGCCUGGAAGACCCUUCAAUGCUGAUGGUCACUUACGAAGGCGAGCAUAAUCAUUCAAGGUUACUCUCAACACAGUCUGCCCAUACAUGAAAAUGCAGUUGCUACCAAUUUCUUGUUCUUUGACUUCAAAAAACCCAACCUCCAACUGUUAAAAUCCAAAAAAAGCCGGUUGGCUUUUAGAUGUGAAUAUCUAUUGUACAUAAUAUGGGGUUUCAAACUAAGAUUACAGAUGGUGGAGCAUUUCUGCAUAAUUUAGCUUGAACCACAGAAGUAGAUCAAAAAGGUUCUUAAAUAGAAUAGGAAUUGUGAACUUUUUAGCUUUGAAUUUAUGUGUGACCUAUGUUUCUUCUUCUUGUUUUCGAUAAUUUAGCUUUGAUUGUAUGUAUGAUUGACAACCGGUAAAAAGGGAAACUACAAUGUCAACUAAAAUCAUGUAACUUGAGCAGUGCCAAAAAAACCUAUGCUGCUGUGAACUGAUUUCGUAAUAUUUUUAAGUUGUUUGCGUUAAUGUUGCUCCGAAAG